ACAAGGAUUUCCCUUCCGGUUGCAAAAAUGUUGCAAAAUGUCUGUUGAAGAUGUCGUAAGGUUUUCUAGAUAAAACCAGUGAUUAUAAAGGCCAUUUCCGACCGGAAUUCCUCAGUAAAGUGUCCGUACCGAUGAUGUGGCGGGCCAGAGCUGUCAGGGCCCUGUGUGAGGGGAAUUUGUACGUACCACAGAUGCAGAAGAUACCCAGUGCCUGCACUCUACACACAUCUGCCAUCAGCAAGGCUACACAGAACACCAAUGAUGCCAUGAAAAGUGUGAACUCUUCACAAGGAACAAAGGGUGUGCCAGCACCUGGGAGAAUAGCCAUGGAGACUCCGAGAGGUGCGCUCCCUCCCCUGCCACCAGACAACUGCUGCAUGAGUGGCUGUGCCAACUGUGUGUGGCUACAACAUGCGGAGGAACUGUUGGAACACUACAAGGAUGGGGGAGAGAAGGCCUUGGCAGCUAUCGACCAGAUACAGGACCCGUCUCUUAAGAUGUUUCUCAAGAUGGAACUGAAGGCUCUGAUGAGAUAGUGCAAAGAGCUUGAAGAACAAGAAUGUAAAGAAGAAUCAGGGGAUGAUGCAUAGACCUGAUGCACCUGUCAAUGCAAAGCAUGAGAGGGCAGUUGGGGUUAGGACCUCUGCCAUCACUGCGAAUGACAUCUAGUUCAUCUGACUGCCCUUUUGCUUAAAUACAAUCUUUUGUCUAAAUAGUGAGUCAGUUAGGACUCCAAGAAUAUUGAAAAUCAGUCACCGCACAAAGAAGGCAAGUUUUAAGAGUUACAACAAUUUACAACAACACUUGUGUAUGCUGUACAAGUAUGUAUUUGGACGACCAUAGUCAGUGGUACUUGUAGGUACAUGACUGUAAACCAUCGGAAGUAUGGGAAACCUGACAACAAGCCAUCACAUAGCUUUUGAAAAAUUUUGAAGUUUACCAUAUGGGAAAGGAAAUGUGCCUUUUUGACGUAUGCAUAUGUGUAUAGUAUUGCUACUAUCAUAUGUACAAUACAAGGUGGCAAGACAGUGUCAUUGGCGAGGCAGUAUCCAAUACAUUGGAAAAAGAUACAAUGUACCAGUACAAAAACAAAGUCGGAUAAUGAUGCUAAAAAACAGCAAAAAAAGUAAUUCAGCCUAAAUCUCUUCUUACUCACUGAAUUUGAACUACCAGGGGUACAGCCUGUGUACUCCGAUGUUGGAAUUUAACAAUUGAAAUCUCUCAGGAUUAAUUUAAGAUUUUACAUCGACAAAUGCUGAUUUGGAGAUUUUACAUUAGCCUGUUCGGUACAACUAUUUAUUGUCAUAUUUAUUGACUAUCUAUAUCAAACUUUCAAGGUAGGAAAAGAUACAAAAAGCCUUUGGACAGGUUCUGCAAUAGAACAUGGCAGUCUUUAUACACUUAUUGUAUAUCAGGGAAUUCUUAUUAAUAAUUUCUCAAAUGAAUAAUAGUAAAGCGUGGGGAAUUUAAGGCACAACUCUAGUUAUGUUCUUGCCGUAUCAUUAUAUUGAUGCAGGCAUAAAUUUACAGUAAACGUACAUGCUAUCAAAGCUAGUAAUCUUGCAAGCAAUCAUUGUCCCAGCAAGAAAUAAGGCAUUUGAUUGAUUUGUAAAAUUCAUGCCAUUGAUAACUUUUGACGGUGUAGAAUGUGUACAUCUGUAUCUUGUACUACUGGUAAUGUAUAAAGCUAAAAGGAAUGUAUGCGUGUUUUACAUAAACAUUUUGAUAAUAUCGUGAAGAUUUUUGAAAUGACAGCAGUCCAUAAUGGAAGACAUGUAUGUAGAUAUGUAUAUGCAAAUGACUUUCCUAAAUGUGAAGUGCAAUAUGUAACACUUGUAUUUGUAAUAUAUCUACCUGUAUUUAUGCAACUUACAAUGUUGCUAUAUAUUUGAGUGUUGAUUGGUGAUAAAAAUAUCAUCUUUGUGCACAAUGAUGUUCAAUUAAAGCAAUGAACCAUAAAAACAA